CUUUCUAGAAUUAUUCGUUGCACCUGCUACACGCAGUGGCUUUUUUGUGUUCUUUUUUAAAAACAUAGCCGUGCGCACUCUCUCCAGCCUGGUCAUUGUUGCCCUCUGCUCGUCUCAUCUAGUCUCGGCCACCGGCUGCGCUCGUGUUGCUGCUCGACACCCUCAAAUCUUGGAUACCCUCACACCCGUCGUUUAGUUGAGCCCAGAGAGCAACAGCUCCUUGCUACCAUGAACCAGCAGCCACCCACCCAGAAUCAAUCUCAGGCGCCAGAUGCAGCCGACCAGGGUGAAUGGGAUGAAGCCCGUCUCGAGGAAGCCAUGCAGCGGCUCAAGCUCCUGCAUAUCAAGCUGAUGCAUCUCAUCACAGCCGACGCCAUGUUUGCCGCCUACAUGAAGUCCAUCACUGAAGCGCAGAACAGCGUCAAGGAGUUUACCGAACUAAUGCGCGAUGACUUCAGCCAGCAAAUAACUGCUCAGGUCCAGAAGAGGCAAGCAGAGGAGCCUAAUGGCAUCGUGCCAUGGCGACACCAGGACCACCCCGACUGGUUCACUCUUGACAAGAAAUGA